AUGUUAACUGGAAAGAACCAAACGCUCGUGUAUGAGCAAACCUCCCCGAGUGUAUGCAAGGAGCAUUACCUACUUUUGUUGGAAUUAUACGUUAAACAGGCGUCAGGCGACCGCCUAACCAAGUUGAAUCAGAUGUUUUUCGUACCUACCAGCGUCCAUUUUGGAUUCCUCGAUUUCGUAAAUGAGAAUGAUCUAGUGAUCACUCCGGUAGAUCCUCUUUUCCAACCGCAGGUAGGCAUCAUUAAUGAAGUUGAAGUGUUUAAUGUUGGAAAAUCAGUACUGUUCGCUAUCAAUUCUGAGGCGGCUAUGAACCGCGCUGCAAAAAUGAUCCUAAAAUUGACGGUGAAGAAGCAGAUGCCAGACGCCAUCAAACCGGAUGUCUUAGUAGGAACUGGCGAGCUGGAUUUGUCCGGCCAGUAUGCGGCUUUGCGAAUAGAGAUGAUACAGGACUGGAAAAAUAAUGUUACAACAUCCAAAGAGUUUGAGGAUCAAGUGCCAUUGCUUUAUAAUGGUAACUUGUCGGGCAAUCUGGAUAUUUUUGUAAGAAUCUCUGGUCUCGGACAGAUGAUUGUCACAGAAUUUGACGCACCAAUCGCACAAGAUCCUGCAACAUUUAUUUUCGGCGCUGGAGAAGCUGAUCAGAUUUUAUUGUACAAAUGUCGUGAAGUGGACUCUCGUAUUCUUGAUAUUUUCGAAAAUUUCUGCGAAGAUCUUCAAAGACCGAUAACUUGUCCUGUGUGCAUACCAGAGAAGUAUCCUUGUAUACCGUGUGGGAAAUUAGAAGCUGUUGAAAAGAGGAGUGAGAAAAUGAGAAAAAAAAGAAUCGAUGGGAUGGUUGAAAGAAAAUUAAAGGAUAUAGUAUGUAUUAGAAAAUUAAGAAAUAAUUCCUCGAUUAGACAUCUAAGCUCAGUUCUGAUUUUUCAGUCAUCAAAAGGCUCUGUUCAAUAUCGUGAUUCAUUUCAGCCUUGCGGCAAGCCGAUAGUUCUUAAAGUAUCCGGUCUCUUCGGCAAUGGUGACGAUCCUGAGAGAAAGAAACCUACAGUAACAGUUGCCGCAGAGUCUAUUGCAAAACCAGGCGAGCCAUCUGAUCCUGACCAUGAUAUUUUUGUCUUGAGAAUCGGUAAGAAGGGCCUCGUUGGAGUUGGCGAGAAAUCUGACAUACAGCUAGAGAUGAAAACCCCGAAAGGACCUGACAGAAGGCCCCCGAUUAGAUACGAGACCAGAGAUGUGCAGACAGAGGAAAAGAAAAAAGCAUUGCCGAAAGAAAAAAGAGCACUGCCGAAAGAGGUUAAGAAGAAGAUUAAGAAGAAAAAAUGA